GUAAAUGGGAGGAGAGUUCAGAGGGGAAUUGUCAGCGCCUGAUCUUGCUCCCUCUGGCAGUGCAAGGGUUACAGUUUGCUGUGACAGACAAGGACCUUGCGUAACAGAAGGGAAGAGCCAAUGGGAGGCCAGGAAUUCUGUCUCCCCCCCCCCCCUACACUCUCUGCCCUCCUCCCUCUGCUGCUGCUGCUGCCCUAAUCCCCCUGCCUGCCUGACUGCCAGCUGGGAAACACAAUAGGCUGGAGAGACAUUCCCUGGGCCCUGCAAGGAGAACUGCCUACUGGGGCCCUCAGCACAACUGCUGGGAUCUACAGGGAUCCAGAGAGAGAGAGAUCAGACUGCUAGGAUCCAGAGAGAGAGAUCAGACUGCUAGGAUCAAAAGAGAAGGAUAAGACUGCUGGGAUCCGCAGAGAGAGAGAGAGAGAUCAGACUCCUAGGAUCAAGAGAGAGAGAUUAGACUGCUGGGAUCCAGAGGGACAGAGAUCAGACUGCUGGAACCCAAAGAGAGAAAGACAGGGAUCAGAAUUUUGGGAUCUAGAGAGCCACGGGACAGACUGCCAGGAUCCAGAGCAACAGAGCUCAGACUGCUGGGUUACAGAGAGCGAGAGAGAGAUCAGACUGCUGGGUUACAGAGAGCGAGAGAGAGAUCAGACUGCUGGGUUACAGAGAGAGAGUGUGAAGACAGACUGCUGGGAUCCAGAGAGACACAGGGAUCAGAAUCGUGGGAUCUAGAGGGCCACGGGACAGACUGCCAGGAUCCAGAGCAACAGAGCUCAGACUGCUGGGUUACAGAGAGCGAGAGAGAGAUCAGACUGCUGGGUUACAGAGAGAGAGAGUGUGAAGACAGACUGCUGGGAUCCAGAGAGACACAGGGAUCAGAAUCGUGGGAUCUAGAGGGCCACGGGACAGACUGCCAGGAUCCACAGGAGUCUAUUACCUGUACCCACUUGGAUCCAAGGCUGAGACUUGCUGGUGGGUCACAGAGAGACAUCCCUGUAUGUCACUGUGGAAAGAGAGAGACUGCAGGAUGGAGAGACCGUAGGAUCCCAGCCUGGCGAUAGGGAGGCCUGGGGGAGGAUGCCCUGAGGAUGGAGGAGCAGGAGCAGUUUCGCGAGUACCAGAGGCUGGAGGACUUUGAGGAGGACUCGCCACCUGGAGAAGAUGAUCCGCUGGUACAUGUGCCCGACGCUGUUAAAGAUUCCUGGCACCACAUCAAGAACCUGGACAAUUUCUUCACCAAAAUCUAUCAUUUCCACCAGAAGAAUGGGUUCGCCUGCAUGGUGCUGUCCGACUUCUUCGAGCUCAUCCAGUUCCUCUUCGUUGUCACCUUCACCACCUUCCUCUUCCACUGUGUGGAAUAUGAUGUUCUCUUUGCCAACAAACCGGUUAACCACACACACUCAGGAGGUGCCCCCGAGCGCAAUAAGGUGACCCUGGCUGACGCCAUCUUACCUGCUCAACAAUGUGCCCUCAGGAUCCAGGAAAGUGGUUGGAUCAUCUUCCUGUUGGUCAUGGCCGCCAUCUUCUGGCUGUACCGCCUCAUCAAGAUGUUCUGCAGCCUCCUCAGCUACUGGGAGAUCCGCAGGUUCUAUAUCCGAGCCCUAAAGAUUCCCUCGGACGAGCUGUGUAACUUCAGUUGGCAAGAAGUGCAGAGCCGCCUGAUUUCCCUGCAGCGGGAGCAGCCCAUGUGCGUGCACAAGAAGGAGCUGACGGAACUGGACAUCUACCACCGAAUCCUCCGCUUCAAGAACUACAUGGUGGCCAUGGUCAACAAGAGCCUUCUCCCUGUCCGCUUCCGCCUGCCUCUGAUUGGCGAGGCCACCUUCCUAACCCAGGGCCUCAAGUACAACAUGGAGUUCCUCUUCUUUUGGGGCCCUGGCUCCCUUUUCCAGAACAAAUGGAACUUGCAGCCCAAGUAUAAACGCCUGGGUCAGAGGCUGGAACUGGCCCAAGAGCUGAAUCGGACCAUUGUACUUCUGGGCUUGGCCAACCUUUUCCUCUGCCCCUUCAUUCUGGUCUGGCAGAUCCUUUAUGCCUUCUUUAGCUACACUGAGGUCAUCAAAAGGGAGCCGGGCAGCCUUGGUGCCAGGCGCUGGUCACUUUAUGGGCGACUCUAUUUGCGCCACUUUAAUGAACUGACCCAUGAACUUCAGGCUCGGCUAAGCAGAGGCUACAAGCCGGCCACCAAGUACAUGAACUCCUUUGCCUCCCCGUUGCUGGCCAUUGCGGCUAAGAACAUUGCCUUCUUUGCUGGUUCCCUGCUGGCUGUUCUCAUCGCACUGACUGUUUAUGAUGAAGAUGUUCUGACUGUCCAGCACAUCCUGACGGCCAUCACUGUCCUGGGGGUAAUGGUCACAGUAGCCAGGUCCUUCAUACCAGAUGAGCACAUGGUGUGGUGCCCCGAGCAGCUCCUGCAGUGCGUCCUGGCACAUAUACACUACAUGCCUGACCACUGGCAGGGGCACGCGCACAAGUCCGAGACCCGGGAUGAGUUGGCACAACUCUUCCAGUAUAAGGCAGUUUUUAUCUUGGAAGAACUCCUCAGUCCCAUCAUCACUCCAUUCAUCCUCAUCUUCUCCUUGCGCCACAAGUCCUUGGAAAUUAUCGACUUCUUCCGCAACUUCUCGGUGGAGGUGGUGGGAGUCGGAGACAUCUGCUCCUUCGCUCAGAUGGACAUCCGGAGACAUGGGAACCCACAGUGGCUUUCAGAGGGCCAGACUCAGGCUUCCGUGUACCAGCAAGCAGAGAAUGGCAAGACCGAACUGUCCCUGAUGCAUUUUGCCAUCACAAACCCGCACUGGCAGCCCCCCCUGGAAAGCUCUGUCUUCAUUGGGCACCUAAAGGAGAAGGUUCAGCAGGAUGCGGCCAAUGCUCCACCUGCCCAGCAGAUUCUGUGUGAUGCUCCCAUUUGCAGCUCCUUCCUAUCCAAUGAGUCUGGGACAGCGCCAGAUAACCUUUUGGCCAGUGUCCUCGUCCAUCCAGUCUUAACUGCUAGUGGCCUGCCUACCAGAGACCGGCGCUUUGCCCAGCCAACCACAACAGCCUCAGCGGCGGCCAGCGUGCUUGCCUCCCUUUCCGGCUCACAGUUUUCUGGACGCCAUCUUGGCGCAAAUGCCCACAGCUCAAUGUACCGCAGUGACCAGACCCUCCAGCAGGAGAGCAUGUCUCAGAGUGACUCCCAGCAGAAGAACAUGUCUCGCUCCUCUCUCUUUGCCUCAGAGUUUGCCUCUGCUGAGAUGAGUCUGCACGCCAUAUACAUGCAUGAGGUGCACCAGAAUCAAGGAAUCACUCAGCGCCCCCUAGGGAUGUGGCAGGCUUCUGAGCUCUCACCCCAUCAGAGGCAGCAGACAGCAACGAGAUCGGGUUCUCGGUCCGGAUAUCGGGGUCUGCAACUCGGGGGUUGGGAAGAGGAGGAGCAGCUGCACAAGGUGGAUGAGAGGAGCCCCCCCCAGGCACCUUCUGUGGGACCCAGCACAAGUGGCAGCAACAGCAGCUAAUGUGCCUUACUGGGGCCUGGGCUUUUCUCUCUUUGGUUCUGUCCCACAAAGGUCCCUUGAAUAAGAGCUGAAGUGGAUCUGGACCGGGUCUCGGACAUUCUGGGAGGAGGACCAUAAAGACGACCUCUUUCCAUUCUUGUUUUUGGGACAUUUCUUGCUGCUGUGCUGCCAUGUAUAUUGCCUUGCUGCUCAUGGAUUCACGGUUACUCAUCGUUUUGGGGAGAAUUCAGUGUUUUUUUGCAGUUCUUAUUUACAGGAUGAGGUGCAGUGCUGUCUCCCUGCCAGGAGGGGGUGCUGUGACCCACUUACUAUUUUGCUAGAGGAGAGAGCGGCGCACAAUAAGCUAAUCCCCGUAUGUAAAGGAAGAGUAUUUAUUUACAGUGUUAUUUUUAUUUACUUGCACUCAUUGGGGAUUGGAGGAAAGUGCAAGUUCUUCAGGGAACUUUGAUUUGCUAGAAUGUCAUUAAUAUUUGGAAUCAAGAAGCGAUUGGUUCCCUAAUCAUAAAGCUCCGCCUUCUCACCUAUGGUCCCUUCCAAGUGGGCACAGCCUGGUCACCGUGAGUGCAGUGACCCCUACAGGAGUGGUGAGGAACUGAGCUUACUGUGGGCCAAGGUGGCCCCGUGCUUCCUACAGGGAACCCCCCCUUGGCCUCUGCAUAUCAUGGCGGCCCGUUCCACUGCACUAACUAUAGGGGUGACUGGGAGGAGUGUGACGAGCCAGAGAAGUGCCUUUGGAACAAGAGAGAGUGGCCUUGGGGCACAAAGGAGUCAGGCUGUGGGCCAUUGCGUUACCCCCCUAAGGUGUCAUCAGCAUUUUGGGGUGAAAAAAAACCCAAGUUAGACAGUUUGACCCACAGGCUGAGUUUGAAAAUGGGGUUCAAAAAGGAACUUGGGUUCCAAGAUGUGAAGGGCCCCGGGUUCCUUGAGAAUGGCCUUAGAGUAAUAAAAGUACUUAUCACAUUGGGUAUGCUGAAAUGCUGUUGUUGAACUAGAGCUCUCAGAAACCUUAAGGAACUGUCACUGCUGCCUGAAGAGCAUUAUGGGAAAAUUAUGAACCCAGAUUACCAGUCACAUGCACCUACUGCUGUCUCUGUUUAGGGUAGAACUCCUGGGUCGCUGGUACCACGCCCAGAUUGUGGCCAAUCCCUAUUUAUUCAGAAAUGCCUGGAAAUUGGAAGAACCCCAGAAGAACCUUAUGGGUAUGGGCAGGCUCUGUCCAUUCACAGGUACUGUAGGAAGCAAUGGCCUUUCAUACUUGGACAUAUUGGUCGUACCAUGGUCUGGUAACAUUGCUGGGGCUCAUUUACCCAAAACCUACACAGUUUCCCAUAAUUCCCAUACUGGGAAGGCAGGGAUCCAUCCUACACCUGAGAAUGAAAUACAAUCCCAUGUGGACCAUGUGCCCAAGAAACCCUGUGAUUUUCCACCUUGUAUUUGAAAGUGAUAGAAACCCAACAGUGUGUAGGUUCCCAUCCUUUGCCCCAUGAUGUUCUGUCCAGUAAUCUUUGCACUUAAUGACCAUAAUAUGUAAGAACGUUCUAGAUCCCAAGGAACACUCGCUGAGGAGCCAUUCAUGUUGGAAAGUCCAACUGGAGACCAUUAGGAUCCCAACUCUUUAUCCUGAAGGCCAACAAAACCCACUCCCAAUGGUACGUUGUCCCACCCUGGUGUCCAUCAACACUCACCGAGUGACUACGUUCAAUAUGGCAGCUUCGUAUCUGACCCAUGUUCCGGAUGCCCAUAAUCUGCCAUCACCAACAAUAUGGUCUCUUUCUGCCAAACCCUAACAAGCACAAGAAGUCAUGGACAACAUCAUAUCUGGCCUGAAAGACUCAUUGAGCCAAUAAUAUAUUCCUGUUGUUUCUGGAAGUUGACCAGUAUUGAGCCAACAUCGUGGUCCCCAUAGACUCAAGGAGCUGACGUACCUCACCUGGGGGGGCAGUAUCACAUGUGCGGGGUGGGGUGCAGCAAGGAGCCGAGCACUAUGCCCAGCGUGUUGCGUUGCUAUGGGAAUGUAGCUCUUGUUUCUCGGCCCAGUGAAUGGACUUCCAGCGGAGGUGGACUUGGGACUCUAAAGCCAGAAACAGCUCUUAGUUUGUUUUUACAUUCUGAUAAAUUAUUGUCUGCUGGGGGGGGGGGUAUUCUUAUUACUUUGGUGCUUUGGAGCGAGGGCUGUACGGUUUCUUACGCUGAAUCUGAUUGGUUCAGAGUGUGACUGUUCCAGGUUGGUUUUCUGCAUUUAAAUAUUGUGUUACGGAGAAACUGGUGCCAAACCCAACUCUUUCGGUGUAAAUGUGGUUCAGUCUCUCCUUAGUCACCGGGCCGGCAAAUACCAUGGCUUUUGGGCCACAGGGUACCCACUGUACAUCUUAUUACUUGGCUAAGGUGUAGGAGAACCUCUGGGAGUACUGGUCUGUACAAAAGAAUAGGAAAUGAGUGGCAUUAAGGGGCAACCUGGCAGAACCUUGGCAUCGAUCCUUCAGUAGAAUGGUAGCAGUCAAAACUGCCCCAACAGUCCCCCUCAAUAACAGUCCCUGGGGUGCCCUAAGGGCCAGGGAGAAGCAUUUGCCCAUAUUUUUUAUCCACACCAUCAAUAGGGGGAAUGGUUAUUUAGUAAGUCCUUGUGGAAGAAGCUGUUGUUCAAAAUGGAGGCAGAAGGUAAGAUGAAGGUCUGGGACUUAAUUGGAAACUAUAGAACAGAAAGUGGGGUAAAUUCUCAAACAUAAUGACAGGGCCAGGUUCUGUAGAGGGCAGAUAAUAUACAGCGGUGCUGGGACAGGGGUUAGGAGGUACCAGGAGGUUCCAAUGGAUCUAGUUAGAGGCCCAGGAGAUCUGGACAUUUAGAGAAGAAAGUAGGGAGAGGUAAAGCCAAGAGGUCGGCCUGCAGAGGGCAGUAGGAAACAUAUCCGCCAUAUUUUCUGUCUGGGGGUAGCAGAUGGAGGUGCCCUAACCCCACAAACCUUGCUGUGGGCAGGGUGCCCCCUGUGUGCCCAUUGUGUUGGGGUGCACUACAGUUCCGGGCCCCAGCCUGGCUCAUUUGCAAUAAAUGUUUACAUACUUGUAA